UGGUAAAUAUAGGCUCCGGUCCGAGAGUGGGUUUCACGCGUUGGAGUGAUAUGAAAUAGCCGUUAGACCCCAUUUGCCGACUUUUUCUCCAAUCACUACCCCGGCUAUGGCGGCCUUCGUUCGUCUCUUUCCCUAACAGAAUCAAAUCCCUUUUUCUUCACUCCUCAACAAUGGCGGAUUUCUCCUUCCUCUCUGAUACCGACGACUCUGCCGUCGAAGAACUUCUUUCCCAAACUCACGACCUCUGCGUUCUCGAGCAAGUCUCUGCCAUCAACUGCUCCGGCUUCACCGACCCUUCGAAUUCGUCCUCUUCGUCCGCUGAAAUCGAUGAAAUUUCAUCGCCUCCAAUAGUACCAAAGAGAGACGGCAAAAUCUGCUCAAAAACCAACUCGGAAUCCAAAUCCUUCGCUUCUCUGCCGCAAUCUCCGCCCUCUCCGCCGAUAAGAACCGGUUGUUUUUGGUGUUCUCCGAAGAAAACUCCAGAGAAAAAGACCAGCAGCGGCAGAAUUCUCGAGAAUGACCUUGGCUGGGGCAAAAACAACGAUUUCCUCUCGGAUUUGAGCAUUUUCUCAGCGAAAGAGCAGCAAAAGAUCCUGAAAAAGGCAAUGAAAGAGGAAGAGAAGGUCAAUCGGGAGGCUGAGAAAAUCGUGAAAUGGGCCAAGCAAGCUUCUGCGAGGAUGAAUAUUUCAGACAUCGAAGAUGAACUCGGCGACCAAGAAAUCAAAAAAUGAGUACCUAAUUUUGAUGCUUUCUUUUUUUGCUUAAUCUUGUUCUUACAUAUAAUCCAACAAUAUACACACACACAAGCCUUGAAAUUUCUUCACGCACAUAUAAAUUUGGUAUUAAAUUAUAUGUUCUGUUAUUAUUACUGUGAAUCAGAGGAAUAUUGUGAAGAUG